UUCCUCAUCCACGCGACAUGUCGAUAGUGCAACUCUCUCCUCCGAUACACUCCCAAUUUUCUUCCCACCACAAUCCUCCGACAACUUCGGACCGUGGCAUUGUAUUCCACGAAAAGGUGCGGUACCUUAAAGCCCUCAAAGUGAAUCCGGAGAAGGCCUUCCGCUUGAACCCCGAACUCCGCUCCUCCCCUCUCGCCACCCUGGAAUCCGUCACGCGCUGUCUCUACUCCCUCGGAGUCCCACGCGCCUCCUUGGGGCGCAUCCUCGACAUGAACCCCGUGCUCCUCACCUGCAACCCUUAUUACCAACUCUAUCCCCUCCUCGACUUCCUCCUCCAUGAGGUCCCAAUCCCCUUCCCCGACGUCCACCUCUGCAUCCUUCGCUGCCCCAGAUUGCUCGUUUCCAGCAUUGAUAAUCAAUUGCGUCCCACACUGUUCUUUCUCAGGGAAUUAGGGUUCUGUGGGCCACACUCCCUCACGUGCCAGACCACCCUGCUUCUCGUGUCCAGCUUGGAGAACACCCUUUUGCCCAAGAUUGAGUUUGUGAAGAGUUUGGGGUUCACCCACAUCGAGGUUUCCAACAUGGUCGUCAGGUCCCCUGGGUUGUUGACUUUAAGCGUGAAGAAGAAUUUGGUGCCCAAAGUGGAAUUUUUCUUGAAGGAGAUGAAUGGGGAUGUUUCUGAGCUCAAGAGGUUUCCUCAGUAUUUUUCUUUUAGCUUGGAACGGAAGAUUAGGCCGAGAUUUGGGAUGCUGAGGCAGCUUGGCGUGUCGAUGCCGUUGGCAGAUAUGUUGAAGGUUAGUGAUGGCGAGUUUAAUGCUAGGUUGCUUGAAUUGAGGUUUAAGACUCUUGAGUUUGGAGUAGGACAAUAGUUGUAGUAGUUUGCGGUUGUUGGGAAGGUUUAAGCCAUUUUAGUCCAAACAUCAAGGGAUUUAGGGUCACCCACAUUUAUCUGCAAUUUUCCUCGAUAUUGGGUGUGAUGAAACUGAAAUCAUGAUGGUGACCUCAAUUUAAAACCUGAUGUUGGUUUUGCUAAAGACUAAAGUAUAGUGGUUGAUUCUGAUAAACAUUUGUGCAAAUCUGUUAAAAUAAUGUAGAGAAAGGGCUGCUUGUGAUUCAGAGAAAAGGAGAUUUUGGUGAUGGAAAAUUAGAAUAAUGAUGUAGGUUCUUGAAUUGAGAUUCGGAGCUAGUAAGUGGUUGUUGUUGACAAGGUUAAAAACAAUGGUCCGCUGUCAUGAUUGCAGUUGCAUUUGUCUGCAAUUUCUAACAAUGUUAAGGUGAGUGAAGUUGGUUUUGCUGAACUAUAGUGACUGAUAUCCUAAGUGCAAUGUAUAGUGGUCAGUUUCGUUUAAAUAGCCGCCAAAGCUGCUAUACUCUCAAUUUCAAGGAUCCGCUAUUGCAUCCACAAUAGUUGUUGUGGUUGCACCUCCCAUCCUGCAUCCUUCAUCUUUGGCUAGCCUCCAACCAAUUGAACUUGUACUUAACAUUAUGCCAAUUUUCAUGUAUUUUAUUUUUAUUUGUAUACAAUUUAACUUUUUAUACAUAUAUUAUUGAUAUGUUGGUAUAAUAGUAUAUUUGAACUGUAAUAUGUCUUACUCCAUAUGAUAUUAACAUAUUAUUGGCUUUUCACUAUCCAAUAUAUGAUAUAGCAAGUUAUUGGUUUUCUGACGUUUACUGCAAUCCGCAAUUAAUUUCACUGAUUGCGGUUGAUAAGUAUAUAUGUGUGUCUUUUAAUUUCUGAUUGAUAAAGGGCUGUUUGUGAUUCAAAUAAAAGAAUAUUUUGGUCUUGGAAAAGAAAGAUUUUGAUCGGGUGCACCUUAGACAGUAAAGUAUGAAUUUGGGACUGUGGAAUUGAUUUUGAUGAUGGAACAUGCUUUAUGAACUAUAGAAUUUCCAGAAAGCAAUCAGUCAAUUUCUAGUGAAUUGGUAUAGGUACUUUAACCCUUCAAAAUGAGUAAAAAAAUACAAAAUUUGCACGAAUCCUUGACAUCGAGUGUAGGGAGUGGAACCCUCCAAGGUUACUGACAAUUAGUGAUGUAAAUGACUACAAAAAGUGUUGCACUUUGAUAAAGAUUUGUCAAACCAAAACUGUAACUUUCUGGUGAUGAGAUCUUCUCAAUUUGGCUUAGUCUUGUUAAAUUUCGAAAUUUCUGUCAAAGCCAUCAACAAGGCUCUAUUGUACACCGAGAUUAUGUAUAUUUCAUGUGGAAUCUUCCUACCAUUUUUGAGUGAUUGCAUGAUAAUUUGAGAUUUUUGAAUGCUACUAUGCCCUGUUUAGUUUAUUUUCAAAUUUAUCACGCUUAAAUUUCUUUGGUGCAUAUGUGAAAUUAUAUUGAUACUAACUCAUGUUCUAUCUCAUUAUUAAACACUAGAUUGUGUCAACGAAGCUGUGUUAAAUGAACAAUGUGUUAUCGAUACUAAUGCGCAAAAUCAGUCUUUGCAGUUUUUUGAAUAUAAUCUCAAUAGUUGAUCUAGAACUAGUAGCACUGACGUGCAUACAAGGUUGUAUCAAGUUUCAUAUUUGAAGUUGUGUGUAAUGAACUGAUAUUACUCAAAGAAGUGAAGAACCAAAGAAAGGGUUGCAUCGGUAGUCUUUUUAUCCCAAAAGAAAAAAAAAGAAUCAAAUAAUGUAAUUGUAUACAAACAAAAAUCAAGUAUAUAUCCCACAAAAUCUCAGUAUUUACCAUAAAAAAUAUGAAAGAAGUAACUAUCUUACUUACCUUCACUGUUCAAAUAAUUGAUUCUGAUUUGAGGUGAGAGCAUUCUCUCUGAUCACUAAAAUGGAUAUUACCCUGUAAUAUAUCACUGUUAUGUUAUGCACACAACAGAAAUAAUAACACAUUCCCAAGAAUUUCGAUCUGGAACCUAACUGACCCAUAUUUCUUAUUAUAUUGAGCCCAAUGGUAAGAAUGAGUUGGGCCGUUUCAUGAAGCUCAGGAUUGUAACAUGGCCUGAUAUUGGAAAGAAGAAAGUAACCACAUUCCCCUCAGUCUUUUUACAAACCAGAAUGAAAAUGUGAUGUAAUGUUAUGUGUUGAAACUUAAUUUAAAGUAAAGACAAAAGAAAAUGCAUCAAAAAAGAUAUAUAAUUCAGAACAUUGUAACAUAAACUGAGAAUAGUUUGACAUGGUUGAGAGAGGUUUUUAGCUAGCUACAACAGGCAGAGAAUAAUAGGUGAAACGAUGAAAAAAAUAUUGAAAAAAAUGAAAUAAAUAGGACUUUUGUUUAUUUUUAGUUAUAUAUUCCAACCUGUAUCCAUGUGGUCUUGCUUCUCACAAUAAUCUUCAGGUGUCGGUCAUGAUUGUUUCUUUAACCAUCAUCAAAGCAAUGGCUUUCAUUAAUGUGAGGAAGAGAAUGUCUUUCUCUUGAUUUUUUUUCCCUGCCCAGAAGUUUUAUUAUUGCAUACUAUGUAGUACCUACUACACAUGCUUCUUAAUUUCAUCUUCCAUUAAGUUACGUGUACUGGGUUGGUCCAUUUGUAUAACUAGUACAGAGGACUAAGGGGCGAAUUGAUUGUAAUAAUUUAAUUGAUGAUUUUGCCACAACACAAUUAGUAUGAGCAUAUAUAACAUAAUAGUAGAUUAAGAUGUUGUCGUUUGAUGGAAGCAUCUGGGUCACAAGUGGACGAGGUUACUGACAGGUUGGUGCCAAGUUUUAACAACUAUUAAUGGGUUUGUAUCCAGUUAGAUGAAAUUGCAGGAGUACUAUCUCCAAGCAAAGUAGCAAUAAUUCUCAUGGCAGUCCGUAGAGUAAGUUAAAUUCAGACCCUGUUUCUUUUUCACCCUAUGAUUUUUCCGCGCACAAAAUCAUAUAUCACCAUUUCAAAUUAACUUUAUGCACCAUACAGAUAAGGUAAAUUAUUAAUUUUGUUUUGAGUUUCUCUCUGCAUGGAGGGAUCAGAUCAGACACCAGUUUUUUUAUUUAUGACAAUUUAUCACAGUUUUCAGUUGUUGAAAGGUUAUCUCAUUUUUGUACAUUUGUUUAGUUCGAUGCAUGCUGAUAUGAUUUUUAUUUAGUGUUUCAAAAAAUUAUCUUACAAUAAUCGCUGUUAUACUACUUGCUAUGCAGUCAUUAACCGAUUAAUGUAUCUGGGAUAAACCAUCUGUACUGUCUUGAACUUUGAGUCUAGACUUAAAUCAAUCUUAUGAACUGAUUUUUGUGAGGAAUUAUGUGAGAUUUAGAUUUUUUUAAUAACACUGUCAAAAAGUGCUUUCUGAUAUUACAAAUACGGAUUUCAAGUUUAAAUUGUGACGAGUGUUAAGUUUAGAGAUCAUAUUUUUUAUAUUGCAAGAAACUACAUAGAAAAAUGUAAAAAAAUAAGAAUAGAGUUGGGAUUAAAAUUCAAAAACUUUGACGUUGAUUAAAAAAUUAUGGUCAGAAUCAGAAAUCAUUCUUAAAACCUGCUUAAGGUUUGAUUAAUAUAGAACAACUGAAUCUUACAGUUUUCAGAAUCAUUGAACAUGACAACUUGAAAUAGAGAUAACUACAGACUUAGAACUAAAUGAGUGCCAGAGAAAUGUAUCUGGAACAUUAUGAUAAUAAUAG